CCGGAGUUAAGAGAAUAUGGAUACUUCUAUUAAACUUUUGUUGGGGCUAACUGCAGUUUUGGCCAUCAUUCAUAUUGUUCAAGCUCAAGACCAAAAAGGGUUCAUCAGUUUGGAUUGCGGGCUACCCUCGAAUGAAUCUCCUUAUAAACAUUCUAAUGGACUGUGGUUCUAUUCGGAUGAAAAGUUCACACAGGGUGGAAAAACUGGUCGAGUCAGAGAAAAUCCUAAGGGAUACGCCAAGCAAUACACCACGCUGAGAUAUUUUCCAGACGGAAUACGGAACUGUUACAAUCUGAAUGUGGAGAAGGGACGCAGAUAUUUGGUCAGAGCUAUCUUUGUGUAUGGAAAUUAUGAUGGUCUUGGUAUGAAACCGGUGUUUGAUCUUCAUUUUGGACCUAAUAUAUGGGCCACGAUAGACUUGGAGAAAACAGCGAAUGGUACAGUGAAAGAUAUGGUACACGUUGCAACAUCAAACUUGAUGCAAAUUUGUCUUGUCAAGACUGGAAAAACUAAACCUCUAAUAUCCGCUUUGGAACUGCGGCCGGUGGGAAAUGACACUUAUAUCACAAAGUCUGGCUCCCUGGCUAAUUACUUUCGGUAUUAUCUUAGCGAGUCAAGCUCUCAGAUCCGGUACUCCAAUGAUGUCUACGAUCGAAUAUGGAAUCCAUUAUUCAUGAAGACAUGGACACAGAUUAAUACUACACAAAACGUGGACAAUUCCAACAGCUUUGAUACACCGGAAAUCGCACUUCAAACUGCAGUCACACCUACUAAUUCCAGUGCGCCAUUGACGAUUCAAUGGACUUCAGAAAAUCCUGAUGAAAGAUAUUACUGUUACGCACACGUUGCUGAGGUCGAAGAUUUGCAGGCGAAUGAAACCAGGGAAUUCAACGUGACAUGGAAUGGAAUACAAUAUUAUGGCCCUUUUGUUCCAAGAAGGGGGCUCGUAGAUACUAUCUACACCUUGUCAUCGAGAAGCUGCGAUGGAGGGAAAUGCAGGUUCCAGCUGAUAAGAACCGACAAAUCAACUCGUCCACCUCUACUUAAUGCUUGGGAAGUCUACACUGUUAUUCAGUUUCCACAGUCCGAAACAGAUGAAAGCGAUGUGGGUGCCAUUAAAAGCAUCACAGCCAUCUAUGCAUUGAGUAGAAUCAACUGGCAAGGUGAUCCAUGUGUCCCUCGACAGUUUAGGUGGGACGGUUUAAACUGCAGCAACACGGAUUUGUUCCUGCCACCAAGAAUCACUGCUUUAAAUUUGUCUUCAAGUGGUUUAUCUGGAACCAUAGCCGCUGCUGUUCAAAAUCUUACGCAACUAGAAACACUGGACUUGUCCAAUAAUAACUUGACGGGAGGGGUGCCGGACUUUCUAGGCAACAUGAAAUCGUUGUUGGUCAUAAACUUAAGCAGGAACAAUCUCAAUGGUUCAAUUCCUCAAGCUCUUCAAAGGGAAGGACUAAAACUAUUCAUUGAAGGAAAUCCAAGGCUUUGUCUCUCUGAUUCAUGUAAAAAACCACAUAAGAAAAAAAUAAUUGUGACAAUCGUUGCAUCAGUUGCUUCUGCAGCCAUUGUCAUUGCUGUAUUGGUUCUUUUAUUUGUACUCAAGAAGGGAAAGCCAGCGAUUCAACAAGGUCUAGUGAGGACGUCAACUAUGAAUGUUACAUUUGCUGAAAAGAACAGCAGAAAGUUCACAUAUCCAGAGGUCAUCCAAAUGACAAAUAACUUCCAAAGAGUUUUAGGUAAAGGAGGGUUCGGUAUGGUGUAUCACGGUUCUGUAAAUGGUUCUGAACAAGUGGCCAUUAAAGUACUCUCUCAAUCUUCAACUCAAGGAUAUAAAGAAUUCAAAGCAGAGGUUGAUCUUCUUUUGAGAGUUCACCAUACAAAUUUGGUGAGUCUAGUCGGGUAUUGCUAUGAAGGAGAUCACUUGGCCCUCAUUUAUGAGUUUCUGCCAAAUGGAGAAUUAAAACAACAUUUGUCAGGAAAAGGAGGUAGAUCCAUCAUCAACUGGAGUACUCGACUCAGAAUAGCUUUGGAGGUAGCAUCAGGAUUGGAGUACUUACAUAUUGGAUGCACACCACCGAUGGUUCAUAGAGAUGUUAAAACUGCCAACAUAUUGUUGGAUGAUAAUUUGAAGGCUAAAAUUGCUGAUUUUGGACUCUCUAGAUCUUUUCAAGGUGGGGGCGAAUCUCAGGAUUCCACGGUAGUUGCUGGUACACUAGGAUACCUUGAUCCCGAAUAUAACCAUUCAGGUCGGUUGGGUGAGAAGAGUGAUGUCUAUAGUUUUGGGAUAGUAUUGUUGGAAAUGAUCACAAACCAACCUGUGAUUAAUCAAACCUCUGACAAUUCCCAUAUAACACAAUGGGUUGGCUUUAAGCUUAACCGAGGUGAUAUUGUUGAGAUUAUCGAUCCAAACCUUCACAAAGAUUACGACUUUAAUUCUGCGUGGAGAGCUCUUGAGCUGGCAAUGUUAUGUGCAAAUCCUUCUUCUUCAAGGAGACCAUCCAUGUCUCAGGUUAUUCACGAGAUAAAAGAGUGCCUUGUGUGUGCAAAUUCAGGGAUAGGUAAGAAUCUAGAAUUGGAACCCCAAGAAAUAACGAGCUCAGACACUUCCAUGGUUCCAAUGGCAAGAUAGUUUUUGAGUGUUGUUUUCGUUUGUCACCAAUAAUGGAAUAUUGGAAUCCACAAAUCAGUGAUAUAGCUACAUUCUUUAGCUAGUAUAUGUAAGCUAGUUAAAGAUCGUAACUACUAAAUUACGUAUGGUCUUGUUGAUAAACUCGAUGUCUACAUUUUUCAUUGUGCGUUGAUAAAUGACAUGUCUAGACCAUAUUCUCUGUUGUUUUGGUUUCUUCUUGUGUCUUGAAUACCACGAAACAGGUAAUUUUGCUUUCACCUUGGACAUUUCAA